UUUAACGUUACGUUAAAUGAGCACAUGUUAGCGAAAUGUCAGUUCAACAAACAACAAAAACACAAAUUCAAGUUUGGAAAUCGCCGGACGGACAAAAAGAAUUAUAAAAAUCUUUCAAUAAAUGGACGGAAUAUUAAACAUUUUCCAAGGCAUUACCAGGACUGAUGGUGAAAGUCUUGAUAUUUAUUUAAAUUCACUUAAGGAACACCAAUGUUUUCGAUUAAAAGGAACAAGUGGCAACGAUUCUAUCGUCCAACAUAUAACUUCUGUGCUAAGUAAGCCAGCGACUCGUCAUGAAGGUUUAGUUCUUCUAAAAUGCUAUCUUGAUCAGUGCCCAGUUGAAGCAUUGGAGCAGAAAGGUCAUCUCUGGUUGACUUUGGCUCUGAAAGCCUGCAAUCCUAAAGAAUUGGAGAGUGUUGGCGAACUAGUCUAUGUUGUACUGAAAACCCUUGCGAUAAAAAGUGUUGACAUUCCCGAUCUCUCCAAAGCGUUUAUUAGUAAUUUCCUUAAUAAAAUCUACGAUUCUCUGAGUUCAGUAAUACCAUUAGCUUACCAAUCGGCUUUGGAAUGUAUAGAAACUUGUUUGCGUCUUCAUCCAGGGCCAAGUGGUCCAUCACGUGGGUCAAUAGAAAAGUUUCUUCUCAAAUUCACUGAUACUACAGAUGAAAAUUUGUCUUUGUUGAGUGGAAAAUGUCUUCAUUUGCUGCAACAAGUUCGUGGUGGUGGUGUUCAAGGAAUCAGCCAAAAAGCUGCUUGGCAAAAUUAUCAAAUGAAACUUCUCGGAAGUCUUCAUAGUUUAAUGGAUUCGGCAUUUGCUAAUUGUACUGAAUUGUAUGAUGAUUUUGUUGAGAAGGAACAACUUAAUAUUGCCCCGCUGGUAUUGAGUGAUGAACCAGUUAAGAGAGCAAUGCAAAUCUAUAUUAGAUUUAGGAAUUUGAUUAGAUAUUUGAUUGCAGCAUUACGUCAACCCUAUCCAGUUCCAAAGGCAAUAGCUCCAAAGAAAAUUCUUAAUCUUAUUACACGAGGAUUGGGCGUUACUUGUUUGAUGUUGCAGAGAAAUCAAAUAUCUGAUAAUUUAGCAAUUGGAACAUUGUUGCCGAAAAUGCAAAUGCAUUUGUGGGAGUUAUUAGAAGCAACAAUUCUAACCUUGAAAUCACAUUUGGCCAUGUACCACACUUCCAUCUUAGGAGUCAUCCUCGAUACUCUCAAAUGGACAUCUUCUAAAAAAUCCAAUGGCCAUCAAAAACCAUACACAUCUCUAAGAUCUUCUGCUUACAAAGCUCUUAGUCUGUGGUGUAACACAAUGAAACAUGGUAGCAGAUGUGAAAUAAUUGCCGAUAACAUUAUCGAAGAAAUUAACUUUGAUAUUACUCCUUAUGAAAAUGCUUUUACACUCAAGGUUCUUAGUGGUGCAAAGAAGCACAUGUCGAAGAAGGCUCGUCGUCAAUUGCAUAAGGCCCAAAACGAACAGUCAAAUUUGGCUCAAACUCACUCUAACCCAAGUGAUUCACAGGCCAAAAAACAAAUUCUUAGCGAUGAGGGCAAUCAAAAACUAUGUAUAGCAGCUCUUCAAUGUCUUCGUAGUGUCUUUCUGUCUGCUGGAUGUUUCUUAAAACCAACAGUUGUCAAGUCUACACAUCUUAAAAUCGUUGGCAUUUGCCUUUCACUUUCUAAUGCAACAUUGAAAAGGGAGCAUCUUUACAACAAUUAUCUAUGUCGCCUAGAAGUAUACAACGUCUUGUAUUCACUCAUCCUUUCUCCACAUCACCUUUGUCCACCACCAACGCAAAUUACAAUAAGUCUUCUAAAAACUGCUCACAUUGGCGAUUCAAAUGUAAAAGUUCGUGAAACUUGUUCAAUGUUCUUAAACUACAUCGAGAAGAUAAUUCAUCCACAAAAGGAGAGUUUAAUAUUUCCACCAGAUAUUCGUGAAAUUAAAAAUGCAUUCCUAAAAGUAGGCAAGGAAAAAUUACUAACUGAAGAUCCAAUGAUUAAUGGAGAUGAUGAUGAAGAUGACGAAGAAGAUGAGUCAUCAGAGGAUGAAGAAAAUGAACCAACUCCAGCAAUAGAAGACGAAGAAAUGGUAGAUUUAAGUGCUCCAAUUGCACCAGAAUCUUCAAAAAAACCUGAAUUUAAAACUCCAAAUAGUGAAAUUCAAACAGUUUCGGUAGAUUUGACUGCAGAUGAAAGUUUUGCCAAAGAUGCAUCAAUUCACUUAGAUUCAUCAAAUGACUCUGUAGAAUAUAUUCCAGAAAAACAAAAUAAACAGAUUACAGAAGAAAAUAUUGAAAUGCCAAAAUCACCUGAAAUGAAUUUACGAGUCGAAGAAGAUGAAGAUGAUGAUAUUGAAGAAGUACCAGUCACAGAAAAGGUUUCGGAAGUAGCCAAUAAAGUUGGUGAAAAUAGUGUGAAUGAUAAUGAAAAUGAAGCAUCAUCACCUAAGAAACCAAGAUUGGAAGAAACUACUCCAGUGGAUAGUAAUAAGGAAGGAGAAGAAAAACAAAAUGAUGACAGUGAAGCAUGCUUUGAGGAUAUCGCUGCUACAUUUGUUGAUGAAUUAAACUAAGUUUUUGUAUUGUGUUUUUGGACGAAGAAUUAUUGAUUUUGUUUUUGAAAA